GGAGUUGCUCGGCCCUAGAUGGACAUACCUAUCCCUCUCCCUCGCCCCCGAGGCCCCUGCAGCCAUUCGGGGCUGUGCCGCUGGGCUGGAGCCAGCUGUGUGCGCCAGGGAGACCCUGCCAGGCGUUCUGGUUUCGCCCUGGAGAAGGUGCCGCCCGCCCUGGACGCCAUCGUGAUCGGCAGUGGGAUCGGGGGCCUGGCCGCGGCGGCUGCCUUGGCAAAGGCCGGCAAGCGGGUCCUGGUGCUGGAGCAGCACGACCAGGCCGGGGGGUGCUGCCACACCUUCCAGGAGAAAGGCUUUGAGUUCGACGUGGGCAUCCACUACGUGGGUCAGAUGCACCCGCUGGGCAUGCUGCGGGUGGCUUUGGACCAGCUCACGGACGGGCAGCUGGAGUGGGUACGGCUGGAGGACCCCUAUGACUGCAUAACGGUAGGGGACCGGGACUACCACUUGUGCUCGGGGAAAAGGACCUUUGCGGAGGAGCUGGAGAAGCAGUUCCCGGCGGAGAAGGAGGCCAUCCGGGAGUUCAUGAGGCUGACCAAGGUGGCAGCGACACGGGUGCCCCUCAUCGCCAUGCUCAAGAUGAUUCCCCUCUGGCUGGCCACGCUGCUGAUCCGCACGGGCCUCGUUCACUGGGUCUCCCCCGUCUUCAAGAUGGCGGACACCAGCCACAGCCAGGUCAUGGAGCGGCUGACGGCCAACAAGGACCUGCAGGUGGUCCUCAGCUACUUCUUCUACGGCGUUCCCCCCCGGGACUCCAGCUUCCUCAUCAACGCCCUCAUGGUGCACCACUACAAGCGCGGCGCCUGGUAUCCACGAGGGGGCGCCAGCGAGAUCGCCUUCCACGCCGUCCCGGUGAUCCAGCGGGCUGGAGGCGCUGUGCUGGUGAGAGCCCGCGUGGGGAGGAUCCUGCUGUCCGAGGGCGGCGCGGCUGUGGGAGUGACGGUGCAGAAGCGGGGCCAGGAGGAGAAGGUUUACGCCCCCGUUGUGAUCUCGGACGCUGGGAUAUUCAACACCUUUGGGACGCUGCUGCCCCCAGAGAUCAGGAGCAAAGCAGGGAUCCAGUCUGUGCUCGGCAUGGUACAGCACGGCAUGGGCUCCUUCCUGGUCUUCGUGGGCCUCCAGGGGACCGCCGAGGAGCUGGGCAUCAAAUCCACCAACUACUGGAUCUACCUGCGCAACGAUCUGGAUGAGAUGAUGACCCGCUAUGCUGCCCUCCGCAGGGAGGAGGUCAGUGAGAACGUGCCCAUGAUCUUCAUCACCUUCCCGUCAGCCAAGGACCCCACGUACCAGCAGAGGCACCCAGGCCGCUCCUGCAUGACCAUCCUGACCAUGGCUCGCUACGAGUGGUUCGAAGAGUGGUCAGGGGCCAGCGUGAAGAACAGAGGGGAAGACUACGACGCCUACAAGAUGGAGAUCGCCCAGCGGCUGCUGGACAUGGCCUUGGAGAGGUUCCCUCAGCUCCGUGGCAAGGUGGAGUUCCUGGAGGCGGCCUCCCCUCUCACCAACCAGCACUACCUGGGGGCGCCCCGCGGGGAGAUGUACGGGGCCGAGCACCACGUGAGCCGCUUCGCGCCGGCCGUCGUGGCCACCAUGCGGGCGGAGACGCCCGUCCGGAACCUCUACCUGACGGGGCAGGACGUCUUCAGCUGCGGCCUGGCCGGGGCCUUGCACGGCGGCCUCAUCUGCGCCUCCGCCGUCCUCAACCGCAUCCUCUACGUGGACCUGCUGCUCCUGAAGAAGAGGCUCAAGAGAGAGCGUGGCAAGAAAGCAGCCUAGGGGGGCCAGGGGGUGGACCCCGUCCCUGCUCACAUGACCCAUGGACUAGCUGCCCCACCUCCGGCCUUUGGUGCUCAGCCUCGCCAUGCCCCAGCGCUUUCCCUGGGGCCGGGAACGUGCCGGAGAAGGAAGGUCAGAGCCUCGUCUACACACACGUUCUCACCCCCAAACCCGCUUCUCCAUCCCCAGUCUGGGAUUCCCCCCUCCCCCCCGGCCGCUGGCUCUGUGGAUUGGUCUACACGGCAGUUAGACACCGGCGGCUGGCCCGUGCCAGCUGACCCAGGCUCAUGGGGCUCGGGCCAAGGGGCUGCUUCACUGCGGUGUGGACAUUUGGGCAUGGACUGGGUCCUGGGUCCUAGGACCCUGUGCCGUGGGAGGGGCCCAGAGCUCAGGCGGCAGCCCAGGCCCGAACAUCUGUGUCUCCAACUGCUGGGCCAUUGCCCUGGAAUGAGGAGACAAAACCCAGCCUGACUUUCUGCCUAUGACGGCGCAGACCGGGGAGGGGCUGCGCCACCCUUGCCCUGCUGCCUCGGGUGCAUUGCAGUCACCACCCUGAGUGUCUCAGUAAAGCCAAUGCCCUGGUCCAGCAACUCUGAGCCAGCAGCCUGCCAGCACUCGCCGGUCACACGCUGGCUCCACCAGCCUCGGUUACCACGUGCCGGGUGGCCUCAGCACAUUCCCAGUCCCCGAUUUCCCCCCCAAAUGUGUGUUCUGCACUGUCCAGCCCUCGCCUGGACAGGCCAGAGAGAUCUGGUCCA